AGGCACUCGCCAGUUUCACAUGUGCACCGCGGUUGGUGCAGUGUGUUCUUACGCUGUAGUUCGUGUUGUUACUGUUGCUAGAGCUAUACUGUGCUGCCCCCUUAUAAGUCUCCCUGUAACUGUUGGGAAAAGCGUGCAGGAGACACUUUGACAGAAAAGAGGAUGGUCCCGGACUGGUGGACUCUGUUCACGUCGGCGGUGGCUGGCCUGCUGGUGCUGGCCGCCUUCCGCUGGUACCGCUACCACACGCACUUUGCGCGUCGCGGCCUGCCCUACGCACCGCCGCUGCCCUUCGUCGGAAACAUGCUGGACAUGGCGUUCGGCUGGAAGUCUCGCACAGAUCUCUUGAUCGCACUGUACAACAAGUUCCGAAAACAUCAGUACGCAGGGGUCUACUUCUUCGGGACGCCCUUCGUCAUGGUGACGGAUCCAGAGAUCAUUCGUACCAUUACCGUGAAGGAUUUUGAUCACUUUACCGACCACAAUGAUAUGAUCAACGCUGACAGGAACGACAACCUGCUGCAGAAGAUGUUAAUCUCCUUGAACGGAAAGGAAUGGCACGACAUGCGGACCACGUUGAGCCCAGCAUUCACUACUGCGAAGAUAAAGAACAUGUUCGUGUUGAUGAAGCAGACUGGGCAGCAGAUGGUCAAUUAUUUAUCUGAGAGGGCUGCAGAACACAAGGGUUCCAGUGGAAAUGACGUCCUGACACUGGAGAUGAAGGAAUUUUUCACUCGUGUUACCAACGACGUAAUAGCUACCACAGCUUUUGGUGUCAGCGUGGACUCGCUGUCGGAACCCCACAACACUUUCUACAGCAUGGGCCGUGCCAUCACCAACAUGAGUGCACUUGUUGUUUUCGGCUAUUUUGUCUCCCAGAAGCUCAUGAAGCUGUUAAACAUUCCCUUCUUGGACCAAAGGGCGGAGCAGUACUUCAGGUCGGUGGUUGCAGAUACUAUCAAGACGCGAGAUAAAGAGGGAAUCGUCCGUCCCGAUGUUAUCCAGCUGUUGAUGCAGGCUAGGAGGGGUGAACUACAGGCAGAAGACGACGAAGAAAACAGCAUCAGUGGAGGCCGGCGUAAGAGACUCACCGACGAAGACGUGGCGGCGCAGGCGAUGCUUUUCUUCUUCGCUGGCUUCGAAACCGUGGCCACCGUGCUGACGUUCUGCAGCUACCUGCUGGCGACGAACGAAGAGGUGCAGCGGCGGCUGCAGCGGGAGGUGGACCAGCUGAUGGAGAAGAGCGGCGGCCAGCCCGGCUACGAGCAGGUCGUGGGCUGCCAGUACCUCGACAUGGUGCUCUCUGAGACGCUCCGGAUGUACACCCCUGGCUCCACCUCCGACCGCAAGUGCGUGAAGCCGUACCGCCUGCCCCCCACGGACAGCUGUCCGGACGGACUCCAGCUGGAGCCUGGAGACGGCGUCUGGAUCCCCGCACACGCCCUCCACCACGACGAGAAGUACUUCCCCGACCCCGAGCGCUUCGACCCGGAGCGCUUCAGCCCGGAGAACAAGCACCGCAUCAAGCCCUUCACCUACAUCCCGUUCGGCGUUGGACCUCGUAUUUGCAUUGCCCAGAGGUUCGCGCUGCUGGAGAUGAAGGUGAUGCUGGUCUACCUGCUGUCCAGAUUCACUCUCCAGGUGGUCGACCAGACGCCGGUGCCUCUCAAGAUAGACCCGAAGAGUGUCGCACUGUCUAUCAGUGGCGGCGCUUGGGUGGGAUUCCGUCAGAGAUUCUGAAGCACUGAAACGUGAUUGGCCGCUGUGUGCAACUCUGUCGGCCUGUUGUCGAUUGCACUUAAGCGUAACGUAACUUAUCCGUAGGUGUUACUGUGUUACCGAUAUGUACCAAGGCAAGUGAAGUGUCUGACGUUGUUCUGACGAUGAUAGUGUGUCGUGAUGGGGUGGACUCGACACUACGCUAAAACUUGUAGCAGAGAACAUGCACUGAUAUUAUAUGAUCUCUCGGCUUAGACAGUUCACGUCCGUGGAGAUUGUGGUAGCAUUGUGUGUGGUAGCAUGAUUCUAUGCGUUUUGUGUUAAGAUGGGAGAUGAGUCGAUGGUAGACAACAGAAAUAGUUUGCCUGUUACUGAUGACGCCAGAUGCGCCAUGACUUCUAAUAUAUUCAAUACGCCACACCCAUCUCUAACAGAACCAGCUCACACGAACUCCACAACUUCUACCUGCUCAGUACCCGAACUCCACAUCUUGUCCAACUUGUCCAAGACUGACCUUACAUGAACUUCCAAACCAGUAGAAUACUUCUGAAUUGUUCUUGGACGCUCACCGAAACACUUUAGUAAUUUAUUUUGUGGAAGUGUAGUAAUGCUAAGCUAAACAAUAAUAAUGCAUUAUCAUUACAGAAUUCAGAAAAAAGAUAAAUUAUUAUGUUAAAUAUGCUAAAUAGAAGAAGAAAGGCUAAGGAAUAUUUAAAGACAGAGUUCUUGACAAAGGUACAAACGUAAGUGUUGUGUACAUGACAAUGAAAUAAGAAGACAAUCCCAAUAGACAUAAUUAGGGAAACCAAUGGUUUCCCCGCACGACGUGUUACGACUGAAGCCUUACAAUAUAGUCUAAACUGCAGAGGCUCCCUUGAGAACAAACACGUUCCCUUGUUUGAUAUAGGGACCGUUCAUCGAUGCCCAUACACGUUCAAAAGUCACGCACGUGUUCCUAAUCCGCAGUGCGUUCCCGGAAUUCAUCAAACUGUCGACAGGGUCGAAAUACACCAAGCGUAUCCACAUAUACAAGCCUUAGACAUCAACAAUGUUACAAUAUUGGCGUGAUUGUACUUCUGCAAACGUCGUACAGGGGAAAGAAUUGGUCUCUGGACCUGCCUUUACUAGGAUUAUUUGCUUCUUUCAUUGUCCUCCAUUCACCCUUUGGUUUUUUCUUAUAACAACACUCUGUAUAAUAACGAGCUUCAGUCGUACGUGCUUCUAUUAGGAAGGUAUAUUUAAGCCAAUGAUAACGUUUAAGCUAUGUAGGAACUACGCUUCAGUAUUUGCAGUCUUAUCAUUUCACCAUUGCACAUUUUUGUUCUGGAUGAAUAUUUGUCUUUCUUUGAUUUGGUAGGGGAACAGAAACGGUACGACUUAGUGGAACAUACGAGUUUGUCUGCACAGUUCUGAAAUUACCACAAUUCAAGUGUUAAGGUGAACCAAUUCAAGCAAAGAGUUAAAAUGAGAUUGAAAACUCUAGCUGUCGUUGUACUUCUCCAAGGGGCAGAGGACUCAUCUGUCCACAUACAUACACGUGCUUUCUACCUGCAGGACAAGUUGUGGAUUUCGGGCACGCAGUUAGGGGACCAUUCCCGGACCUUUUCUUUAUUCCAGAAUUCGUGUGCGUCCAACGGAACUAGAACACCAGCGACACAGUGUUACUUUUCGACGUUGUAAUUAUUGCUAUCGAUAUGUUCCAACAAUGACACUUAACAAAGAUACUGUUGGGGAACGAUGGCAUGUGAAGUUCAUGGUUUCGCGUAGAGCGAUUUGGGGCAUGGUGUUGCCGUGUGAGAAACUGACUGCUGCUGGUGUACUUCUCUGCUUGCUGUUACGAGCUUAUGCAGCCUACGACAAUUCAGACAUCUACGCGUUUCAUUCUGUGAGAAAUGAGGCUGUGGUGCCGGCUUUAUGUGAACCAAAGUGCGAGCAGUACACUACUGAUAUGACGCCAUAUGGAAUGCGAGUGCCUGACCGAUAAUGGGAGUGUGUUACAUGCGCCUGUGGCUUUCAGAGGAAGAUGUAACUUAACUUACUAUUCCGUUAAAUUGGGACUGUAAUAGGCUAUUGAGUUUGACUGAAUGCACAUGCUUCCACGGCACCUCCAUCUUGUGCUGUGUCUCUCAGCGAAACGACAACGUUGCCUUCCCACUAAACACUGUAAUCAGGCAGAAUCAUUGUUAAGAGUUCUAUACCCUGACCAACGCUCAAACAUUUGAUUUGUUACCUAAAAUGCAGUAAAGUCAUAGUUUAAGAGCACUCCUGUAAGGACGCUUAUGACUUAAAUGCACUGUCUGUUGUUACAGAAGAUUUUUCUUCACAGCUGAUAUCAUCAAUGUAAAGCUUGGGUUGCUAACAAAAUCUAAAAGACAACUGAUUUUAUUUCUGUAUUACAGCUGUGAUGAAAUGUAAUUUAUUUCAUUAUUUACCAAUAAAAUAUACAUUGUCUUAUACCAGUAAA